UUGUCCCCCUUGUCCCUCUGAGUCACUCUUGCUGUCUCCCUGACACCUCCGUUUCAUUCCAGUUUCCAGUGGUUUGGGUUGGGUUUUUUUUGGUUUGGUUUGGUUUGGUUUUCCUUUUCCCGAAAUUGCUCUCUCACCAAACCUCCUGGCGGUUGAGAAGCUGCUUUGUUUCGCUCUGCUUUGGGUUUAUUUGCUGGUUCAGAAACAGCCAGAGCUCGGCAGCAGGAGCUCCAGGAGGAGUCCUGGCUCACACCUGGGCCCUGCCCUGGAAUUUCCAUCUGCUUUGGAGCUUCUGCCUUGAUUCCAUAUUUUCUAUAAUUUCUAUAUUUUAGGCUUCAAACGAAGUGCUUAGAUCCUCUGUUGGAAAAGUUUUAAUUUCUGAAGGGGAACAGAGUGGGUGGCACAGCCUUGGCACGGGAGUUUCUCUGCAGAACCUUUGUUUCUGUGUCUCUCACGCUCCCACCGCGCCGUUUUCUCUCCGUUUCCAGGCUGUAGCUGAUGCCCAGGCCCCCCUGGAAUGAUGCCAUCGAGGACCAAUCUCUCUGCUGGGAUUCCCAGUAGCAAAGUCAAAUAUUCCAAGCUCUCCAGCACCGAUGAUGGAUACAUUGAUCUGCAGUUCAAGAAGAGCCCACCCAAAAUCCCCUACAAGGCCAUUGCCCUGGCUGUGGUGCUCUUCAUGAUCGGGACCUUCCUCAUCAUCAUCGGAGCCCUGCUGCUGGCAGGGUACAUCAGCCAAGGGGAGACCGACCGAGCCAUCCCCGUGCUGAUCAUCGGCAUCCUCGUGUUCCUGCCGGGCUUUUACCACCUGCGAAUCGCCUACUACGCCUCCAAGGGCUACCGGGGCUACUCCUACGACGACAUCCCCGACUUUGACGACUGAGCCGUUAAUUAAUCCCGCUCUAAUUAGGCUGGUAGUUCCCCUGGAUGCUGGCAGGGCGUGACUGAUGCGGUGCUGCUCCCUGGGCUUGAGGUGUUGCAGGUUUUCCAGUUUGGGGGGUGGGAGCUCGAGCCUGGCAUUGACCAAAAGGAAUUGCAAAGAACUUGGGGUUUAUGGUAUUUAUUCCUCUUGGGGUUGCAUAAUUCCACUCGCUGGGAAGUUCUUCCUGGGCGAGGCAAUCCUUGCAAUUUUCCAAAAAUAUCUAGAUGAGCUGGUUUCAGCAGCAGAUAUUUGGGUUUUUUUCUGUGUUUUCUAGAGUUUAUUUUAGCUUUCCAUGAGAUUUUGGUUAUUUUUGGGUUACCUUUGCAGACAGACCAGAGUUAAAUUCUCUCUUUUGCUUCCAAACUGCUGGUCCUGAGCCUGCCUGGAGUAAAUAAAGUCUGGUGAGAGGUGGAAAGCAGCAGUUGCAGGAAGUGAUUUCCACACAGUGCACUCGCUCCACAGCUCCCUGUCAGCCUGAGCAAGCUCAUUUCCUCACAAACACAUCCUUCCCAAGGCAGCUUUCCCCGUGCCACCGUGGCUUUUGGCAGAAUCCACGUCUCCUUCACAAGGACUGCUGCUGGAGCUUGCUUAUUUAAACAAAUACUGGGAGAAAGAAGGGGUGGAACCCAGACUCAAGUGUCUAAACACCAAAAAAUCUUGAGCUGGCCUAAUGUGAGGUUUGGUUUUGAAUUCCAGCUGUCUUUAGGAGUCCUUUUGUCCUUGUGUAGAUGUUUUGCUGCGCACACCUGCCCAGGCCAGUGAAGAGAAGUUCUCUGUGUAGUUUGUGCUAACAAACCCCCUGUGGAUGGCUUUGCCAGCUUUGCUGAUGUGUCAUUCAGGGUAAAAAGAGUGGAUGGCUGCACUUGGGUGAGGUAAAACCAGGCUCUGCUGAGCUGGAGCGUCUCUGGAGAACGAGCAGCCAUGCAAGUGGCUGCAUUUAACAUGAAUAAAGUUCUAUAUUCUCUGUA